AUGGAUAUUCAUGUUCUUCAAAGCCAGCCCGCCCAGAAGGUCGCGUUUAAAGACUCUUCCACGGUUCGUGUGGAUUUGGUCCGCGGCGGGUUCCAGCCGCGCCUUCCGACUUCGCUGCCGCCCCCAGGGCAGCAGCAGCAGCCGUCGCCGCUACCACGCCGACAGCCCGUCCCGUUGAUGCCUCCCGCGCAGCUUCAUUCGGGAGCGCCCCAGGUGGUCGCCCCGGCGCCUGCGGUCCCUCUUCAGUGGCCACCGCCUUCGGAGCUGAUGGACGUCGACCCCUCAGCCGGGCCGCCUUCCCAAGCGGUGGCUGUGCAGCCUGUCCUGCAGCCGCUUUCCUUGGGCACCCCCAAGGAGUCUGACACCGCAGCGCCUUGUCCGGCGCCCACUCAGCAGCCGUCGACGCAGCGUCAGGAGACGCUGCCUCUCUUCGUAGGUCCCGACGCCCCGUCGCGUCCAGUACCAGAAGCUGCGCCCGUGACACUCAUAAGCAUCGUGAGUGGUGUUCAUUUUAAAUAUCGUAAUCAACGAAGUCUGCAGAAGCGCUGA